GUGGGAGGAAGCUCUGGCUGUUCAGGUGAACUGGAGCUGAAACUCCUCGGAGAAUGGAGACCAGUGGACGACUAUGGCUGGAACCUGAAGUUAUUAACUGCAGUCUACAGGGUGCGGCUGCUGAAUGGAUCCAGUCGUUGUUCAGGCAGACUGCAGGUGAAGACUAACCCGUCUGACCAGACCUGGUCCUCAGUGUGUGAAGCAGACCUGGACCUGCAGGAUGCACAGGUGGUGUGUCGGGAGCUGGGCUGCGGGGCUCCUUCAGUCCUGCAGGGGGCGCUCUAUGGAGACGUGCAGACUCCCAGGUGGAGCCCAGAGUUCCAGUGUGGAGGCCAUGAGUCUGCUCUGCUGGACUGUAGAAGCUCAGGCUCAGCUAGAAGCAGCUGCUCACCUGGUAAAGCUGCUGGACUCACCUGCUCAGGGGAUGAGGUCAGGUUGGUGGGAGGAGCCAGUCGCUGUGCAGGAAGUCUGGAGCUGAAAGUUCUUGGUGAAUAGAGACCUGUGGAGGGCGAUGGCUUCACCCUGUAGGCAGCAGCUCUCAUCUGUGAACAUCUGAACUGUGGCUCUGCUGUUUCUGUACAACCAACUGAUGUGUCACAUCAAUCUAUGUGGGGAAUCGACUCGGACUGUGUUCAAUCUGGAUCUGAUCUGUGGAGCUGUGUGGAUUCAUGGAGUUCCUCUGUCACCCUGAAACUCACCUGCUCAGACGGGAUGCGGCUGCUGAAUGGAUCCAGUCGCUGUUCAGGCUUCUACUGUUUCCUCUGA